AUGUCAAAAAGAAACACCCUACAGAUGUUGGAGGACGACGCCGUCCCCCAGGACUACCUCCCAUCCUAUGAGACAGCUGUUAGUGAUGGACUCCGACAACAGAGAAAUAGCGUCAACGCCGACGGAAGAAUCGACGUCAACCUCGACUCUCGACUCGCUACAACACUCGCCCGCUUCGUCCCCGACUUCAAGGACCCCUCCAUCGCCGCGGCAACAGCAGCCCAGGGCCCUCCUCCGGAAUACGUCGAAGCUGCAGCACGAUUCGCCGACAAGAAGAACUUCCCCGUCAAGCUGAACAUCGUGAUUCAAGUUGUAGGGAGUCGCGGAGAUGUCCAACCAUUCAUCGCCCUCGGCAAUGAGCUCCAGACCUACGGCCACCGCGUACGACUCGCAACGCACGACGUCUUCGACUCCUUUGUGCGCAAAGCGAAUCUCGAGUUCUACCCGAUCGGCGGUGACCCUUCCGAGCUGAUGGCAUACAUGGUGAAGAACCCCGGCCUGAUCCCUAGCUUGAAGAGCUUGAAGGGCGGCGAUAUUCAGAAGAAGCGCAAGAUGGUCAAGGAGAUGCUGGAAGGAUGUUGGAGAUCAUGCAUAGAGCCCGACACCCUGACAGGGAAACCGUUCGUGGCUGAUGCCAUUAUCGCCAACCCGCCGAGUUUCGCGCAUGUCCACUGCGCCCAGGCUCUCAGUGUUCCUCUGCACUUGAUGUUCACGAUGCCCUGGAGCAGCACGAGAGCUUUCCCUCAUCCACUGGCCAACCUCAAGUUCGGUGAGAAGGGUGUCGUUGACCAGACCACUGCCAACUUUGUCUCGUACAGCAUCGUCGAGUGGCUAACGUGGCAAGGUCUCGGAGACGUGAUCAACGAAUGGCGGAAGACGAUGGAUCUAGAGGAGGUCCCAUUCUCUGAAGGGCCAGUCCUCGCAGAGGCGCAAAAGAUCCCAUUCACAUACUGCUGGUCUCCAGCACUUGUGCCAAAGCCAGAAGACUGGCCUGCGUACAUUGACGUGUGUGGCUUCUUUUUCCGCGAGCCGCCCCAAUACACCCCUCCACCCGACCUCGCACAGUUCCUCGCGAAGGGACCAACUCCCAUCUACAUCGGAUUUGGAAGCAUUGUCAUUGACCACCCCGAAGAAAUGACGAAGAUUCUGGUCGAGGCCGUGCACUCCGCAGGUGUGCGUGCCAUCAUAUCGAAGGGAUGGAGCAAUCUAGGUGGCAUCGAGUCGGAUGACAUAUUCUUCCUCGGAGAUUGCCCACACGAAUGGCUCUUCGCGAACGUGGCUGCCGUCUUCCACCAUGGCGGUGCCGGAACGACAGCCUGUGGUCUUCUGAACGGCAGACCUACGACAAUCGUGCCUUUCUUCGGCGACCAGCCAUUCUGGGGAGACAUGGUUGCUCUCGCCGGCGCCGGACCGAAGCCAAUCCCGCACAAGGAGCUGAACGUGGAGAACAUGACCGACGCUAUUCGAUUCUGCCUCACCCCAGAGGCAUUGGCGGCUGCCGGCGAGCUUUCCGCCAAGAUGAAGACGGAGAAUGGUGUAGCCACAGCCGCGCAAUCAUUCCAUGCGAACCUGCCCCUGGACGCUCUUCCUUGCGACAUCUUCCCGGAUCAACCCGCGACUUGGGAGUACAAGAGGGGCAAGAAGAGAGUGAAGUUGUCGAAGAAAGCAGCUGGAAUCCUCCUAGACCAUCUCAAGAUCGGACAGAAGAACAUGUCACCACACGACACAAGAAGCAUCAUCAUCGAGAACCGAAGAUGGGAUCCCGUCACCGGCACAACGUCGGCGCUCCUGGGAGUUGCGACCGGUAUGUUCAAGGGUGCUACCGACAUCGUCGUAAAACCCGUGCAGGUAUACAAUGAGCGGUCGAAACAGAACAAACAGAAGGCAGCGGAGAUGGAGGACGCCAUGAGCAGCGGAAGCCGCACCCCUACAGAUGCGUCUAGCCUGGCACCGCCUCAAUCCGAUGCCUUGGAUCGACCACGCAGCGCAGGUAGAGGGAGCACAACCGGAGCUGUCUUCAAGGCAUCUGCUUCGGGUGUUGGCGGCUUCUUUAAGUCGUACGGGAAGUUCUACCUCGACGUGCCACUGGCUGUGACAGAUGGCCUGCGCAAUGCGCCGAAGCUGUACGGCGAGAAAGUUCAGGAGAGGGCUCCGAUUACCGAUUGGAAGACCGGUACUGUGGAGGGCGGCAAACACUUUGUCACUGGUCUCAGCGAGGGCUUCGCCGACCUGUUUGUACAGCCGUACAAGGGAGGACGGGAUGGCGGAGCAGCUGGUGCAGCUUUGGGUGUCGGUAAAGGUGUCUUGAACAUGGCUACCAAGACGGCAUCAGCAACGCUUGGCAUUGUGGCCUAUCCCGGGCAGGGCAUAUACAAGAGCAUCAGGACGGCGGUCAAGUCCAAGACGAGGCAUAGCAUUGCUAGCGCUCGGCUUUUGGAGGGCGAAUAUCUUGCCCGCAAUAACCCUGUUGAGGUCCAGGCAGUGCUGCACAGGUUUGACGAGAUGUGCCGUGUUAGUGAAGACUCGAAGAAGGGUCAUGGCAAAGAUGUGCCUGAGUUGAUGGAGAGGCAGACUUAG